UUGACUCUUUUUUUUUUCUCUCCCGCAGACCUAUUUUUGUGAGGGUAGAUACACAGUCGUAUGCAGCGCUAGGAGUAAAUCUCCUGUGCAGUGGAUUAAAGAGAAGGGGAACAUAAGAAAGGGGAUUAGGACUAAGCCUAGAAGUUGACGAUGAGGCGGUGGAGGUCCGCCGUAAGGUCGCCGACGCCCCUGGCUCUCCUGGGGCUUCUCCUCGCCACGGCGACGGUGGCCCUGGAGUUCGAGGGGGUGCCCGGCCAGUGGGCGCGCUACCGGCAGUGGGAGGCGGGCGCGUCGGGCGAGCUGAGCUUCACGCUGAAGACCAACGUCACCAAGGCGGUGGUGCUCUACCUGGACGACGGCGGCAACUGCGACUUCCUGGAGCUGCUGAUCGCCGAUGGGCGGCUGCACCUGCGCUUCGCCAUGCACUGCGGCGAGCCGGCCUCCCUGCACACGGAGACGCGCGUGAGCGACGAGCGCUGGCACCGCGUGCUGCUGACGCGCAACUACCGGCAGACCACGCUGGUGGUGGACGCCGAGGCCAAGGCGGCCGAGGCCAAGUCCAAGCGCAGCGAGAUGGUGGUGGCCAGCGACCUCUUCGUCGGCGGGAUCCCGCCGGACGUGCGGCUGUCGGCCCUGACGUCCAGCACCAUCAAGUACGAGCCCCCUUUCCGCGGCCUGAUCGCCAACCUGAAGCUGGGGGAGACCACGCCCGUGCUUUUGGAUAGUCAGAGCGUCAUGAACGACCUGGAGUACCUGUGCACCAAGCAGAAUCCCUGCAGCAACGGGGGCUACUGCUCCAUCCAGGAGGGAGAAGUGCUCUGCGACUGCACCAACACUGGAUACAAGGGCAGAUACUGCACCGAUGGUCUGGCGCACCUGAAGUUACAGAGCCGAGCUCAAGAGGAAUCAGUGGCGACCUUCAAAGGGAAUGAGUUCUUCAGCUACGACCUCUCGCACACCCCCAUCCAGAGCAGCACGGACGAGAUCACAUUGGCCUUCCGCACUCUGCAGAGAAAUGGCCUCCUGCUCCACACCGGCAAAUCGGUCGACUACGUUAAUCUGUCUCUGAAGAGCGGCGCUGUCUACCUGGUGAUAAACCUCGGCUCGGGCGCCUUCGAGGCCAUGGUGUCGCCCGCCGAGGGCAAGUUCAAUGACAACGCCUGGCACGAGGUCCGCGUCUCACGCAACCUGCGGCAGGUAAGCGCAUCAGGGUAUUCCGAGGUCACCAUAUCAGUGGACGGGCUCCUGACCACCACGGGCUACACACAGGAGGACUACACCAUGCUGGGCUCUGAUGACGUCUUCUAUAUCGGCGGCAGCCCCAACACCGCUGACCUCCCCGGCUCUCCCAUCAGCAACAACUUCAUGGGCUGCCUGAAAAACGUGGUGUACAGGAACAGCGAGCUGAGGCUGGAGCUCUCGCACCUGGCGGAGAGGCGCGUGGACGGGGUCACGCUGCACGGCGACCUCGCCUUCCGCUGCGAGGACGUGGCGGCGCUGGACCCGGUCAGCUUCGACACGCCCGAGGCCUACGUCACGCUGCCCAAGUGGGCCACCAAGAAGACGGGCGCCGUCUCCUUCGACUUCCGCACCACCGAGCCCAACGGCCUGCUGCUGUUCAGCCACGGCCGGCCGCAGCCGCCGCGCGAGGCCAAGGGGCUGGACAGGGGCCUGCCGCGCGCCGACUUCUUCGCCAUGGAGCUCCUGGACGGCUUCCUGUACCUCCUCCUGGACAUGGGCUCGGGCUCGGUCAAAGUGAAGGCCAGCGCCCGGAGGAUCAACACGGGCGAGUGGUGCCACGUGGACUUCUACCGGGAGGGGCGCCGAGGCUCUAUCUCUGUAAACAGCCACAGCACUCCGUUCUCGGCCAACGAGGGCAGCGAGGUGCUGGACCUGGACGGCAGCGUGUACCUGGGGGGCCUGCCGGGGGAGUGGCAGGGCCUCCCGCUGCCGCCGGACGUGUGGAGCGCGCCGCUGCGCCUGGGCUUCGUGGGCUGCGUGCGCGACCUCUUCGUGGACGGCCACAGCCGCGACCUGCGGCGGCUGGCCGAGCUGCAGAGCGCCCCGGGGGUCAGCGGCUUCUGCACGCGCGAGACCCACCGCCGCUGCGCCGGCGAGCCCUGCGCCCACGGAGGACGCUGCGCCGAGGGCUGGAACCGCCACGUGUGCGACUGCACCGGCACCGGCUACCUGGGGGCCAACUGUGAGACGGAGGCGGUGGUGCUGAGCUACGACGGCAGCAUGUUCCUGAAGGUGGCCAUGGCGACGGCGAUGCACACGGAGGCGGAGGACGUGGCGCUGCGCUUCAUGUCCCAGAGGGCCUUCGGCCUGCUGCUGGCCACCACCUCCCGCGAGUCCGCCGACACGCUCCGCCUGGAGCUGGAGAGGGGCCGCCUCAAGCUCACCGUCAACCUCGAUUGUAUCGGGAUAGACUGUAACCUUAGUAAGGGGCCCGAGACGCUGCUGGCCGGCCACAAGCUGAAUGAUAAUGAGUGGCACUCCGUGAAGGUGGUGCGGCGGGGGAAGAGCCUCCAACUCUCUGUGGACAAUGAGACUGUGGAGGGCCAGAUGACGGGCGCCCACACGCGGCUGGAGUUCCACAACAUCGAGACGGGCGUGAUGACGGAGCGCCGCUUCAUCUCCGUGCUGCCCUCCAACUUCAUCGGUCACCUGCAGGGCCUCUCCUUCAACGGCGUGCCCUACCUGGACCAGUGCCGGAACGGCGACAUCUCCUACUGCGAGCUCAACGCCCACUUCGGCAUGCAGCACAUCGUGGCCAACCCCAUGACCUUCCGGAGCCGCGGCAGCUACGUGGCGCUGUCCACGCUGCAGGCCUACGCCUCCAUGCACCUCUUCUUCCAGUUCAAGACCGCCAGCCCCGACGGCCUGCUGCUCUUCAACUCGGGCGACGGCAGCGACUUCAUCGUGGUGGAGCUCGUCAAAGGGUUCAUCCACUAUGUCUUUGACUUGGGCAACGGUCCAUCCCUGAUGAAGGGGUACUCGGAGAAGCCUCUGAAUGACAACCAGUGGCACAGCGUCGUGAUCUCCCGGGACGACAGCAACGUCCACACGCUCAAGAUCGACACGCGCACUGUCACUCAGCAUUCCAACGGUGCCCGGAAUCUUGAUCUCAAAGGGGAACUGUAUAUUGGCGGUGUCGCAAAAAACAUGUACGGUGUCCUACCCAAACUGAUUGCCUCGCGGGAUGGCUACCAGGGCUGCCUGGCCUCCGUAGAUCUGAACGGGAGACUGCCUGACCUGAUCGCAGAUGCCCUGCACAGAGUAGGCCAAGUGGACCGUGGAUGUGAUGCUGGCCCGGGCACCACGUGCACGGAGGACUCCUGCUCUAACCAGGGAGUGUGUCUGCAGCAGUGGGAGGGCUUCUCCUGUGACUGCACCAUGACCACCUUCGGAGGAAGCUACUGCAGCGAUCCUGGGACCACGUACAUCUUUGGAAAAGGAGGGGCUCUUAUCACGUACACCUGGGCCCCCAACGAGCGGCCCAGCACGAGAGCGGACCGGCUAGCCGUGGGCUUCAGCACGCAGCAGCGAGACGCCAUCCUGGUGCAGGUGGAGAGCACCCAAGGCCUCGGAGACUACCUCCAGCUGCACAUAGUGAAGGGAAAAAUAGGAGUCAUAUUCAAUGUCGGGACUGAUGACAUCACCAUCAAUGAGCCUGCCAUCACAGUGGCCGACGGAAAGUACCAUGUGGUGCGUUUCACGCGCAGUGGUGGCAAUGCCACUCUCCAAGUGGACAACCAACCGGUCAUUGAACGCUACCCUGCAGGGAACUAUGAUAAUGAACGGCUGGCAAUUGCUAGACAAAGAAUCCCAUACAGGCUUGGUCGGGUAGUUGACGAGUGGCUACUCGACAAAGGACGACAGCUGACCAUCUUUAACAGCCAGGCGGCCAUCAAGAUCGGCGGCCAGGACAAGAGCCGCCCCUUCCAGGGCCAGAUCUCCGGCCUCUACUACAACGGGCUGCAGGUGCUGAAGCUGGCGGCCGAGGGCGACGCCAACGUGCAGGUGGAGGGCAACCUGCGCCUGGUGGGCGACGCGCCGUCCGUCCUGUCCGCCGAGACCACCUCGGCCACGCCGCCGGCCGCCGGCGACAUGUCCACCACCAUCAUGGAGACCACCACCACCAUGGCCACCACCACGACCCGCAGACAGCGCUCCCCAAGUCUGAAAGACAGCAUCACACAGAGCUCCGAUGACCUGCUGGUAGCAUCGGCCGAGUGCCCCAGUGACGACGAGGACCUGGAGGAAUGCGAGCCGGGCACAGGUGAGUGUGUUGCGCCCACCCCGUGGCCCGCCACGCCGCGAGAGAAGAACCCGCCGGGCGUGGCCGAGGUCAUCCGCGAGUCCAGCAGCACCACGGGCAUGGUGGUGGGCAUCGUGGCGGCCGCCGCCCUCUGCAUCCUCAUCCUGCUCUACGCCAUGUACAAGUACCGCAACCGCGACGAGGGCUCCUACCAGGUGGACCAGGGGCGCAACUUCAUCAGCAACCCCGGCGCCGACAGCAACGGCUCCGUGGUGAAGGAGAAGACGGCCGGCACCACGGCCACCGUCGCCAAGACGAGCACUAAGAGCAAAAAGAACAAAGAUAAGGAGUAUUAUGUCUGAGAAUGAGUGAUAGAGAAGUAUAGAGAGAGAGAGGGAGAGGGAAAGAGAGGGAGAGAGAAGAUGGUUGGAGAGGAGGAGAUAGUGGUCAGGGAAAGUCUAGCACAUUCAUUCCCACGCCGUACGCAGAAUAAUAAACAGAAUCAUGAAGGUUUUUUUAUACAUUUCAAGGCAUCAGUGUGGUCCUCUUGUCAUUAUGAAUAAUUACGUAAUGACACGAGGAUCACCGGCUCCAUUUCAACAUCACAUGAUUAUCAGCUAUUUUUAUAUUGCGAAACAGUAGAAGGUUAGAGACCACAUCACGGUGCUCCUAACUUUCCUGGUCAUGACACGGAACCUAAGCACAGCUAAAACUCUGCUUAACAUUUUCUGUUCAACAUUCAAGGUUUUGG